UCUAUUCCUGAUCGGACCGAAGAUUAUGCCGUCGAUAAAUAGGAUGUCACUUGUUUCCGUUGUUAGCGGUACACAUACUUAGUAAACCCGCCCUGAGUGUUGUCUUGACAAUGGUGGAAUGUAUCAACCUGGGGCGGCAAUGGGGGAACCCUCCACAGUCGCACCGACCUAUGGGACUGAUAGGACACGGGUGCUGUUUAGUGAAGGCCAAAGGGUUAGGCGUUGAAGAUGGCGACAUGUACUACACAUAUUCCCGACUUCUGGCUUUGGACACAGGAGGGGCUUUUAGUGCAGGGAACACAGCGCAUUCGUGUGAGCUCGAGCCUGCGGUACUUGCGCCAGGGAUCCAGGGACAUCUCAAGAAGCGCUGCCAGACGCCCGCGUUCCCUCUGCUUCCCGGACAGGACCGACUUCGAGCGAAGUGUCACGAGUAUCGCCAGGACUCGCCGGAACCGAGUCCUACUAAGUAUGUUCCACAGAUACUGAUGAACGAAUUAUGGGACAGCUUCAAAAGGAAUCACGAUAGAUUACUUCCGAUGUCCACUAUCGCCGUCAGAUGGCGCUUACGUUACGAGGUGCCCAACUACACUUUGAAGGAGUUGUACGCCAUCAUGCGGCACUACGGCUCCAUCGCCGCCAUGUACCAGACCAGCCCCAACAGCGCUAUCAUCGUCUUCGACAACAUCCUGUCCGCCUGCCGCGUCAUGCACGCCAGUCAGCUCAAACAUCUUCGCAACGUCAUCAUCUGUAGCUGGUGGCAUGUCUACAUGUGGAACAAGUCGUUCAACACCAUCAGACAGACGGCGUUAGAAAAGAAGAAGAGAUAUUUACAAUAUAAAACGUAUUAUGUCUAAGCUGUGCUUUCUUCUCUUCCCAUUCCACAAGACGAUCAUUAACAUUAAAAAUAUUUGAUGUCUGAAUCAUGACGUCUU